ACGAGGACUCAUGAGGACUAAAGAUCAGCCAACUGGCUGGAAGUUAUCAAGAUGUUUGUGAAUCAAAUAAAUUCAAAGGAUCUUUUUACCACAAAUCCAAUGAAAGUCUAUGGGGGCAAAGAAUAUUCUGAUUCCCAAGGAAAUUCACAGAUGUGUUCACAGCUUGAAUUUUCAAAUACUAACACUAACAGUUCACAGGAAUGUUUUUCUCAGCAAAUCAAUGUGGGAUUUUCUGAAAAUGAGUCUCCCCAGAAGAAGUCUUAUUACCAGAAAUUUGUUUCCAGAGGACCAUUGUUUACCCAUGGAUCAAAGCAGCAGCCAUCAACUAGUCGGAUCACAUACAAACAAGAUUUGGAUGGAAAUAAAGCAAGGGCAAAGGAAAGGGAUGAGAGAGAUCUUCUCUACACAAUUGUAAACACAGUGAGUCAGUGUGCAACUGAGGUGAGGAGUGCAGUAGAAUUGGUGAAGGAAAACUCACAGAAUGCCAGUGCAUCAUCGGACAAGAGAAUUAUUGACUUCUUGCAGAGUUUACAAACAGAGCUUGAUAAGCGAUAUGAAGACAUUGGGAAUGCUGUGAGAAAAAGAGAUGACUCCAAGCAGGAGAAUCAGUGCCUGAAAGAGGAAAUAGCUGCUAAAAAUGCCACAAUAUGUGAACUACGUGAGAAGGUGGAGAAACUUGAGGAAGAUCAAGACAAGAAGAUAGUGGAAGCUCUGCGGGAUGUUUACAAAGAACAACAGGAACUUAACAGAGAACAGAUCCAUCAGUAUCAUGAAAAGCAACUAAAAGAGUUGUCCAAACAGGCAAAUCUACAUAAGGGAUACCAAACCACCCUUGACAGCCAUGCAGUUCAGUUGAAGCAUAAUCGGGAGAAGACACAGCAACAGCUUUGCCAACUUGAAGCUGAUAUGAGUAAAGAGCUGGACACAUACCAGAAAGAGCAGCAAAACAGAUACAGCCAGAUAACAAGUGAUUGUCAAGAACAGAUAAAAAAUCUCCAUCGAGAACAGAGGGGUGAACUUGUAGACUACUUUAACAAGCAGAUGUCAAAGACGAACAACUUGAAUGGCCAAAGGCAACAAGAGUUGCAGAAACAAUUCCGGGAGGAAAUAGAGUCUCUCGGGAAACAACAGAAGGUGGAGCUAGUGGCUUUGAUACAACAGGAGGUGCAGUUGGAGUCCAAGGCACAGGAAGAUAAAAGUGACAAGAUGCUGCAGCGGAGUUUGAAUAAACAUCAGGAAGAGCAGGAGAUACUGGUGCUGGAGCUCCAGCAUCAGAAAAUGCAACGGCAGAUAUGUGCCAAAGAGAUGGAGAAACAGAGCCAGGCAUAUGAAGAUGAAAUUCGUCAACUAAAGAAAGAAAAUGCAACCAAGAAAGAGCUAGCUGAGAGGGAACAGAAGAAAGCCAAGGAAAUGCAAGAGAAAGAACUGGAAAUCCUGCGACGCAAACACGAACAAGAAUUUGAAGUAUUGAGACAAAAACACCAGGCGAAUGAUGCUAUAAAGCAUGAUGGGUACAUGGGUUGCCAAACAUCUCAGCAACUCGUGCCAGUUUCCACCAACCAAGUUUACUCCUCGUCUGCGUCACAAUUUAGUUGUCCUGACAUUGAUCCAUUGGGGAGGUGCGAUUCAAAUACAUCUGAUGUUAAACUUAAGCCCAGUAAUGCAAAGAGUCCAUUUGUUUCACCCUCAUUUAGAAAGACAGGCUGGUCAUCUGAGGCAUUGUUCAGGAAAGGUGGGCCAUCACCAAUUGCUACUGUCUAUCCACAAAAGGCGAGUGUUCCCGACUGUAAUUCUAGCAAAGAUGACACCAGAGCUGCUUGUUCAGUUGAUGAAGUGCACAAAGAAGAUGUGGCUCCUGACGACAAGGGAAAGAAAAAGGGACGGAGGCAAAAACGUGGGAAGGCGAUGUCGAAAAAGAAAUCCCCGAAGGUGCCAGCCAGGAGACAGCCAAAGAGAACAGCCUGCACUCCAAACUUGGAUCAAUCAGGGAAACAAGAUAGCACUCCUGCUACGGUUCCAUAUACUCGCCGUCAAAACGCUAGUGCUCCUUCCAGUGAGACCUUGCCUCCAAGGAAGGUGAAAUCCCCUGACUGGAUCCAGAAGAAAAGAAAAGCAAUCACUCCUUCCGUGGAGAAACUUCACCCUAACCCCAGCACUCCAAGCUGGUUACAAGCCCACAGGGAUGCUCGCAAUAGGGAAGCACUCAGAGCAAAGAAACUGCAGUUGUUGAGUGCACACCACCAAUAUGGAAGAAGCAACACUGUGAUGAUUCUUUGGUUUGGCAGAACUCAGGCGCUCAAAAUCUUGGGAGGUUCCUGUCGCCGUAUUCUCUCAGAUCAUAUGGUAAUACUCCUAAGAUGAGUUCUGCACACAUCGAAUGCAGCAAACUGAGCCUGCAGAAAUACCAGUCUCCAUAUGGACUUCAGCGCUGUGGUGAUUUCCCCAAACCUCUCAGUCUCUACUCCAAAAGCACAAUGGAGGUAUUUGACUUUGUUGAGGAUGAUGUCAGUGUUUCUGGGUCUGCAUCAUAUAGAAAGAGGACAUUUGGAAAGAAAAGACUUCCAUCCGCAUCACCAGCAGAGUCUAGGCCAUCUCAUUCCAAAGGAAUUGGAGACAAUAAUGGAUUCAUCAUCAUCGACAAUAGCGAUGACAGUGAUAACAGCCAAGGUUCCUCUCCUUCUCUCUCUGUAACCGAAUUCGUCCUCAAGAGGAAGACUAAGAAAGAGCGAUCACCACCAGGUGCUGGGGCUGGAGACUGGCAGUACAUGACUUCAUGCAAUCAAAGCAACUCUAUGAUGUCUAGGACUAGAGGAGACAUGUUGGGUUCUCCACAUGCAUUUCAACCUCAGAGUCAGUCCUCGUCGAAUUUGCCAAUCAGACGAUGCAUGAAGAGACGGCUUUGUGAGGAUGAUAUGAUUGACACACAGAUUCUGGAGAUCACGAGAUGUAUCAAACGACAACAGAGAGUCACUCCUAAGUAUAACAAGGAGUAGGAGUGUACUGUGUAUUGUGGACUGGGAUGGGAGAGGGCUGCUGGCCAACCAAAACACGGGGAGACAACUCCACAUCCUAGACAUUGGGGAAACAACACCACAUCAAAUACAUGUCGGAUGAGAUAACUGCACAGCCAGGACUUUGGAAAAGACAAUUGCCCAGCAACUACUGCAUAGCCAGUGCUGUAGAUAUUUGUGGCCAUUUUUUUGUGAUAAUUUUGACAUACUUUUAAAGGAGCAUUUGACAAGCCAGUAUCUAGUAUUUUCUUUUUCAUGGUGACGCAAGGCAUCCAAGCAGUUCUGGGUUAAAGAACAUUGGGAGAGACAACUGUAAAGCCAAUUACCUGGAUGAGAAAACUGUUAAGUCAAUACCCUUAGUGAGACAAUUGUAAAGCUGAUACCCUGGGUGAGACAGCCAUAAAGCCAAUUCCCUGGGUGAGACAAUUGUAAGGCAAAUACCCUGGUUGACAACUGCAGAGCCAAGACAUUGGGAGAGAUAAUUUCUCAGUCAAGAGGCAGGGAGAGACAACCACUGUCAAGACGGUGGGAGAGACAACUGCAUAGCCAAGAGGUUUGGAGAGACACCUGCACAGCCAAGAGGCUGGGAGAGACACCUGCACAGCCAAGAUGCCGGGAGAGACACCUGCACAGCCAAGAGGCUGGGAGAGACGCCUGCACAGCCAAGAUGCCGGGAGAGACACCUGCACAGCCAAGAGGCUGGGAGAGACGCCUGCACAACCAAGAGGCUGGGAGAGACACCUGCACAGCCAAGAUGCAGGGAGAGACACCUGCACAGCCAAGAGGCCGGGAGAGACACCUGCACCGCCAAGAGGCCGGGAGAGACACCUGCACAGCCAAGAGGCCGGGAGAGACACCUGCACAGCCAAGAGGCCAGGAGAGACACCUGCACAGCCAAGAGGCUGGAAGAGACACCUGCACAGCCAAGAGGCUGGAAGAGACACCUGCACAGCCAAGAUGCCGGGAGAGACACCUGCACAGCCAAGAUGCCGGGAGAGACACCUGCACAGCCAAGAGGCUGGGAGAGACACCUGCACAACCAAGAGGCUGGGAGAGACGCCUGCACAACCAAGAUGCUUUGAGAUGCAAGUGCACAGCAUAGUCAAGACGGUGGGAGAGACAACUGCAUUGCCAAGACGUUCAGCUAGAGAUAGUUGCACAGCCAAAAUGUUAGGAGAGACAACAGCCAAGAUGUUCACUGUGCUGGCGAGAUGGUGGAAGUGCCAGCUUAAUUUGGUCUGGUUGUGACUGUCUUGUCUCUCUCGCAGUAUUGACACAACAGUAUAGAUGCUAGUUUCAAUUUGGUCUGGUUUUGACGGUGUCUCUCGCCCUAUUGGCUAGCCGAUGGAGCUGACAGACCUGAUUUGGUCUGGUGGUACCAACGUAUACCGCGCUGGUUAGAUGGUGGAGCUCUACCAAUUCGGUCUGGUUCAUCUGUCUCACCUCUCUCGCCAUUGGAAAGACGGUGUAGGUGUCGGGCCACCGCUACUAAACCCGAUUUAGUCGUGGUGACUAUCUCAUCUCCCUCACCAUGUUGGCAAAAUGGUGGAGGUGCCAGGCCGAUUUGGUCCGAUUGUGUCUACCUUGUCUCUCUGUCACUGCUAGCAAGACGGUGGAUGUGGACAUGGAAUGCCCUGGUAACCAAUUGGAAGAGGAAAAGUAUCCUUGGAAGUGAUAUGGACAAUUGUGUGCCUGGCACAUCCUCUGUCUUGCUAACAUUGUUGUGACGGAAUCGCGGACCAUGCUAUACCCUGUCUGAUUUACGCAAAUUACAGACUUCAGCACUUUGUAAGGGGCUGCAAAAAAAUGAUGUAUAAUUUUAAUUUUAUGUCAUGGUGAACAAACAUUGUUGCCUGUGA